AUGCUUUAUAGUAAGACAAGUAACCCAGCCAAGGCACCACAAUGCAAGUCAUCAGGGAAAACCCGUUUCGAAUCUAUCAAAGCGAACAAUGAAAUCUCGAACAAUUCCGACAACGCGCGUCUUAAUCCGCGCAAACGAGCCAGUUCCACAGAAACAAAACUAAAUCCGAUGACUAAUGCGUUCUCUGUCUCCCUCGCACUAAACAAAAGGGCAUAUGUGAUAAUGAUGGAUGCUGCCGCGGCUUUAAAAGAAAAACUCCCGUACCCGAUGUUUCAAAAAGGGGGUAAUUUCGGUGACACAUUGUUCCCGGUCGAUUAA